AUGAUACGAUGCGUAGUGGUGGUGGUGCUGGCACAGCUGGGUUUGCUGUCUGAAGCAGUGCGCACCGACGAUAGCCAGAAGCAUUUGACGAAGUUGUCUUUGGUAGACAUCAACGAAAUCUCAGGUCUGAAGCACAUGCCUGUGGAUCAAGCGCUCGAAAACGUCAAAGGCGGUGACGCACGCACCGCGCUAGAACAGCUUCGAGAUCUCAUGGAUGAAGUGGAGUUUUCCUAUGGGAAAGUGCGCCGGAUGAGAAUGGUCGAGGCCGUACAACAGCGGGGCUUUCUGGGAGGCACGAUGCUCCACGAUGCAUCCGGCUAUGCCUUCAAGGGCAAGCAGGUGCUGAAGGCGCUAGUGCUUCUCGGCGUCGAUGUGAACUCGCGCAACGACUCGGGAUCCACGGCGCUGUUCUUUGCGGCGGAAGAUUGCCAGAACGAUCACAAUGCGGCUAUCGAGCAGCUCCUGGCCUUGGGUGCAGACAAAAGCAUAGCUUGCAGAAGUUGCGAGCACGAGACGGCCCUGGAAGAGGCCCAGUCACGUAGCAAGGUGAGGUACUUCAAAGCACACGAGAAGGAGAGCUGCAGGGAAACCGUGCGACUCUUGGAGGAGGCCUAG